CUGAUUGUUUAUAAAAUGUAUAAAUAUUUAAUGACAUUAAGGUGUUUAAGGCACACUAUUGUUGGGACAGUAAUCACUUCUAUACAUUACUUCUAUCAUCGCAAGCAUACCAACCAAUUUGAUGGUCCAUCAAAUUGGUCGCUCAGUACUAUUAUGCCAUUAUUUUGUUUAAAUAGAGCUCAUCUCAAACAUAAAGAGUGGGAUCAGAUAUUUACAGAAGGAAUCAGAAAAUGUGUUUUAGUGUAUAUAUUAGGUCGAGAUUUUAGGGAAACAGUGAGCGGCACCGGUACUAUAAUUGUUAAACAUGAGGAUUACAAAUGGAUUAUAACCAAUGCACAUGUUGUGGGACAGGUUAGCACUAUCAGCAUACACGGCAAUCAGGUCAAAGGUCAAGUCAUAUUUGCCGAUCCCAGUGUUGAUUUGGCGCUCAUUGAAUGCGAGCCCAUCGAUAAGCUUAAGGAGUUUAAAAUAGCAACAAAACGACAAGUAUUUGGUGACGAUUUAGUGACAAUUGGUUAUAUGAGUUGGUAUGUCCACAGUGGACAUGACAUAAUCAAUUGUCCGGACAGUCUAUAUUUAGCCAAUGAAAACAAUGCUUAUCGCAUAAUUUGUUCGCCAUAUACCCGACAAAUACACCAUAAAGCCAUAGAACCAAGCGGUUGGUCUGGCGGUCCCACCAUUAAUAUGAUGGGACAACUUAUCGGUAUUAAUAAUGGAAUGUCUAGAGUUAUGGGCAGUUUUUCUAUACCAGUGCACACGUAUCUAUUAGAUUUUCUUAAAAGGGCUGAAGAGUAUCGCAAAAAUCAAGAAAUUAGACGUAAAUUUGAACGAUCUAUUAAAUUGGGCGUUGAAUUGGAUGUCCGAUAUAAUGAUAACAAUCUUAUAAUUAAAAAUAAAUUUGUUGAUACAAAUAUCAAUAUUAAUGAUAAAUUGGUGGAAAUUAAUGGUCAACCCAUGGAAACACUGAAUCAGCUAAAAGACAUACUCAAUAGAUUGGAUGACAAUAGUGUGCUAUCUAUUACUCUGGUAUCGCAAACCAGUGAACAUCCGGACAGUAAAACAGUAAACAUUUCAGCACUUGAUUUAUCGUUAAUUUAA